CCCACCGCGAGCCAAUCGGAGCGCGGGCGCCAGCUGAGGAACGCCGCGCGCCUUCGGUUUAACAUGGCGGAAGUGGUCGCCUCAGCUGCCCCGGGCCGGCAGGGCUGUGCUGGCUGGAGAGACGCGGACUCACCAGAGAAGAUGAUGGAGCUGGCGGAAGACGACGAGGAGCUGUUCCAGCACCGUGUGGAGCUGGGGGGCCCGGAGGAGGAGAAAGCGGACCUGGUGGCCGAGGCCGAGGCCGUGGUUGCCGGCUGGAUGCUCGACUUCCUCUGCCUGUCUCUGUGCCGAGCCUUCCGGGACGGCCGCUCCGAGGACUUCCGCCGGACUCGUGACAGCGCCGAGGCUAUUAUUCAUGGACUACCCAGUCUUACAGCUUACCAGUUGAGAACUAUAUACAUAUGUCAGUUUUUGACAAGAAUUGCAGCAGGGAAAUCCCUUGAUGCACAGUUUGAAAGUGAUGAACGUAUUACACCCUUGGAAUCAGCCCUGAUGAUUUGGAAUUCCAUUGAAAAAGAGCAUGACAAACUUCAUGAGGAAAUACAAAACUUAGUUAAAAUUCAGGCUGUAGCUGUUUGUAUGGAAAGUGGCAGUUUUAAGGAAGCAGAAGAAGUGUUUGAAAGAAUAUUUGGUGAUCCAGAAUCUCAUUCGUCUUUAGAAAGGAAAUUACUUAGGAUAAUCUCUCAAAAAGCUACAUUCCACUCCUUUUUUCAACACUUCAGCUAUAACCACAUGAUGGAGAAAGUUAAGAGUUAUGUGGAUUAUGUGUUACAUGAAAAAUCGUCAACUUUUCUAAUGAAGGCAGCAACAAAAGUAGUAGAAAAUGAAAAAGCACGGACACUACCUUCUGAGGAUAAGCCAAAUGCUACUAAUACUGAAACAGAAACUGAAGUUAAUUUGAAUGAAGGAAAAAGUGUUAAUGGCCAACAGUCUACAGAAACCGAAUCCUUGCUGGAUACAGUAUCCUUAAUAAGGUCUCACAAGAAUGUCGUAUCUAAAUUGAAACAUGGAAGCAGCCGAGAUUCCAAUAAGGAAGAAGCAACAAUGGGAACUGCUCAAAGUGCAAUAAUGACAGAAAGAAACAGAAGAGCCACUAUAAGCAAUAUGUCAUAUACUUCAAACAAUCAGCCAGACACUAACGAAAAACACAAGCGUAAGAAAAAACAGGCCUGGCUUUGGGAAGAGGACAGAGUUUUGAAGUGUGGUGUAAAAAAAUAUGGGGAGGGAAAUUGGUCUAAAAUACUAUCGCACUAUAAAUUUAACAAUCGAACAAGUGUCAUGUUAAAAGACAGAUGGAGAACCAUGAAGAAACUAAAGCUGAUUAGCUGAGACACUAAAAGGUUGAAUGGCUGCUUCAGCUGAAUACAAGGACAGCUCACUACUUGAAUCACAACAUUUUGUUUAAAACUUUCUGGUCAGUAAAGGAUCUUUAAAUUUUUGUUUAAAGCUU